AUGGGCGAUGCCGGGUUUUUCAGGGGUACCAGCGCUGAACAGGACAAUCGUUUUACAGACAAACAAAAGAAAUUAUUGAAGACACUUAAAUUCCCAGAAAAUGUGUCGCAAAAGGUCGAUCUCAAGAAGGUCAACUUAGACCUACUGAAGCCGUGGAUUACUCUUCGUGUUAACGAAAUUUUAGGAGUGGAAGACGAUGUCGUCAUCGAAUUCAUAUUUAGCCAGCUGGAAGAAGAGAAUCCAGACCCUAGGCUAAUGCAAAUAAACCUGACCGGAUUUUUGAAUGCGAAAAAGGCUAGGGAAUUCAUGGGCGAACUUUGGCAACUUCUUAUUGACGCACAGGAUGCUCCUGAUGGUAUUCCUCCGAAGUUGGUAGAACUAAAAAAGCAGGAAAUGAAGAAACAGAUGGACGAGGAAAGCAAGUUGAAAAUUAAGGAGGAGAUUGAGAAGGUAAUUGAAGAGCGAACAGGGCGUCAAGACCGUUCGAAAGUUCGAAGUCCAGAACGGAGUCUGGAGCGAGUCAAGGAACACAGUCCUCGGCGAGCUGACUGGGAGAGAAUACGCGAACGGGAUUAUAAUCGCGAGAGAUUUCGUGAACGGUACCGAGACCGGUAUGAAGAGGACUACCCAAAACAUAAAGGUCGUGAGCACGAAAGGUAA